AUGAAAUUUACAAUACCAGAGAAAUAUUUGCUCGAGAAUAAAGUAAAGGGAAAGAAGUUGACACAUUGCGUGGUCGCGUUGGCAGCACUUGCUAUCUUUUUUUUUGGUUAUGACCAAGGUAUGAUGGCAGGUGUUAACACAUCCCCCGAUUAUGUAGGAAAGAUGAAGUACGGGUAUUUCAAUGAAAAUGGAGAUGUGACUGUUACUAAUUCAACGCGACAAGGUGGUAUCGUGGCAAUUUAUUAUUUCGGCACGCUCGUUGGAUGCAUUUUUGGAGGUUUAUUCUCAGACCGUCAAGGUAGAAUUAAAGCCAUUGCACUUGGUGCAUUAAUUGCUAUAUUUGGGGCAGCAUUGCAAAGUGCUGCACAGCAAAUGUCAUGGAUGUGUGGUGCCAGAUUUGUUAAUGGUAUCGGUACUGGUAUACUUAAUGCUGUAGUUCCAGUCUAUUCUUCUGAAACUGCGGAGCAUACAUCUCGAGGUGCAUUUAUAGCAAUAGAAUUUACUUUGAACAUUUUUGGUGUUUGUGUUGCAUACUGGUUGGAAUACGGCUUAAGUUAUAUUGACGGCGGGUUUUCUGCAUUCCAGUGGAGGUUUCCAAUUGCAUUUCAAAUCAUUCCCUUGCUUGUAUUACUUGGCAUUGUUUGGUUCUUUCCUGAGUCACCAAGAUGGCUUGUUAAAAAUGGCGAAGAGGAUCAUGCGAAAAGAAUUCUUCUUAAUAUGAGAGGCGUAGAAAGAGGAAAUCAAGAGUUUGAGGAAAUUGUAGAUGCAAUGAGAUUUGAACAAGAGUCUGCUUUAUCUUCAAGCUAUUGGCGCAUGUUUCUCGGUUAUUUCCCUGAUAAAGAUAGCAAGAAAUCUGCGAAAGCUAAAACACUCCAUAUUGCAAGACGUGUACAAAUAGUUAUAUGGAUGCAAAUUUUCCAAGAAUGGGUUGGGAUUGCUGGUGUUACUGUAUAUCAACCAGAGAUAUUCAAGCAAGCUGGAUUUGGGACUCGAAAAUCGGCAUGGCUAAGUGGAGUUAACAACAUAUUCUACUGUUUAUCUACAUUGAUCAAUUUCUUCACCGUGGAUAGAUUUGGUAGAAGAUUCACAUUAUUUUGGGGAGCUAUUGGUCAAGGAAUAUCGAUGUUUUUGGCGGGCGGAUUUUCCAAACUUCAACAAAACAAUCCAAAAAAUUCAUCUUAUGGUGCUGCAGCCGCAAGUUUUGUGUUUAUUUAUACCUCUAUUUUUGGAGCAACAUGGCUAGCCGUUCCAUGGCUUUAUCCUACUGAGAUAUUCCCAUUAAAAGUUAGAGCCCAAGGCAAUGCAUUUGGUGUAGUUGGUUGGUCUAUUGGGAAUGGUUGGUUAACGCUUUUAUGUCCCAUUAUGUUUAGUAAGAUUGGUGAAAAGACAUUAUAUAUAUUUGGGGCAUGUAAUUUUAUUUCACUUGUUUUGGUAUACUUAUUCUGUCCAGAAACCGCUAACAGAACUUUGGAAGAUAUCGAUUAUUUAUUUGCAAAUGAUAGUUGGUUAGCAUCGAAAUCAGAAGCGGAUUUUAAGAGAAUAAAGAUUGAGCAAGUUGAUAAGCGGGUUGAACGUGAAAAACAAACCAUUGAUAUUGAUAGCUCCGAAAAGGAGAAUGUUCUGACGGAGCACUUCGAAUAA